AUGGACGUCGCUGUUGUACCAAAGUUCUAUAAGGGAUCGGACCAUCGUCUUCUCCGAGGAAGAUUUUCCUUCACAAGGAGAGCAGAGAAAGCCGCCAAGUUCAGAGAGAAAAAUCACAGGACUAUCAUCAACUGGGAUCUCUUCGCUACGUUAGCCGGCUUUUGGAUCCCGAUUUCCGCAAUGGACAACAUCAACGAGGAAUAUGACCGGUUCGUUGAACACCUUCACGACUGCGCGAACAAGGCUGAGAGUUUUAAAACCACUAAGAGACGCCUGUCUCUUGAAACUCUUGGGCUGAUACGCCAGCGUGGGGCAGCACGAGCCGCAGGGAACCAAGAACUCACGUCCGAGCUCGCAAGGCUUUGCAGAGAGGCGAUAAAGGAAGACCUUAAAGAGAGAAGAGCAGAAGUGCUGGCUGAAGUUGCAGAGGCGGGGAAAAGCAUCCGCUAUGCCCAUCGAGAAUUCGCCAAUCGAAAGACGAGGAUGACUGCUCUCCGGAACCAAGGGGAACAGCGAUUGCAUCGAGAAGGGAGAUGGAGAAAAUCAUCUACGACUUCUGCUCUGAUCUCUUCGACAGCCAUGUCCACUUGCCUCCCCAUCAUCUGA